GGUUCCGAUUUUCUUCCGGUUGAGAACGAAGGAAAAUAUGUAAAGAAAAAAUAUAUAUACCUAAAAUUAAUAAAUAAGCUUAAUACAUUUGAAAAUACAAUAUACCCCAAACUGGAAUCGGUUUUAAAAGAGUUUUCAAAUCUUUGCCAAAAUAUGUAGCAUACUGUUUGCUACACAGCAAAUCAGCUGUGUGUGAGAGAGGAAAAGAGAGAGCUGGCUGUGUGUGUGUGUGUGUAAUACGGACUUGAAACGCGUGCGAUCGAUUUUCGGUUGUUUCAUAAAAACAAACCAAAACAAUUUUUGAAAAAAAAAAAUAGAAAACAAAAAAUAAUCUUUGGAACUUAUUAACCACUAAUUAGCAAUUAAGAACAACAACAUUUUCCAAAUUAAGAGCUUGUCAAAUAAACAAACAAAGCGGCCACUUGAGAUAAUGAAAUUUUGUACGGUUCGCCAGAGCAACAACAAAUGCGGCAAAGUGUCGCAGGCCAAAGUUUUCGAUUUUGAUUGCGAACAAAAACAAGCUAAAGCUUCGGGCCAAAAAUAAAGAGAGAGAGAGGGUAUAACAGUCGCUCGAAAGCUGCGAGAGAAAGCGUGGCAGUCCCGCUAUUUUGGCGAGCGGGCGAGAGCGGAAAAGCCUUGUCCGUUUUUCCGCGCUUAGCCCGUGUUUGUGUGUGUGUCGGUGUGCCUGUGUUUUUCGAACAGUUUAAAGUACGCAUUGCGAUGCCUUCUGGCUUCAGUUUAGCUAGAGACAUCGUCGUGUUUUGAGCGGCCGACACAUUUUCCGAGCCCAGCGGAUCGAGCGGUCUACGCCACACACUAGUUUUCAAUUCAGUGCGCAAAAUAAACCAAAAAGAAACACAGGAAAAACAGCUAGAAAAGGCAAGAUAAAGAGGAGACAACCGCACAAAGUAAACCCAAAGGCAGACUAUUCAUUUUCAAAAGGAAAACCCCCGUCUCUCUCUGUUUUUCAAGCCAGCUCUUUCAAACAAACACACACAUACAGUGGCUUGCAUAUGGCAUAACAUGGCCAGAAAAGGAUAUUCAUUAGCCCGAAUUAGUGUGUGAUAAAGUGAAGUUUUGGUGCGAAAGUCCGGUAUUCAAUGCAAUCAGUCCCUCAGUUUAUUUACAGUUUGGAAAAUUAGUAAAUCGGAGAUACGGAGAAGUUUUCAAAACAACAUACAUAAAGAGAGACAUGAAGUGAGCGGCCGAAGGCAGAACUUUUAGAACACAAAAGUUCAAACACAACCGGGCAGCCGGAGAAGAAAAGCCGGAGCGGAAAAGCAGAAAAGCCGAGCAGCCGGAGCGGGCGCUGCAAAAGUGCAACAGCUGCGCAGGAAGCCGAAGCGAACUCAAAGCCCAUAUCCAAAUCAAAUCAAAAACGAGUGCCUAGUACCGAGCUCCCAUUGCCAGUUGCCGGAUUGCGGAUCCCAAAGCUGCUGCGGCGGGAGAAUGUGUAGUGCAACACACGGGAGGCAGCUUCAAGUGGCAAUUGCGGCAGCAGCGGCGAACUCAACCGGAUAAUAAGUUGUGGAUGCGGCUUGCAGCGCCGGGCAGGCAUCCCGAGUCCGAAUCCGCCAGAAAAACCAGUUCCGAAACGAGAUACCCAGCGAGCAGAAAUCGCGAAACGCGAACAGCAGCAGCAGCUUUAGCAGCAGCAGCAACCAGAGACAAGUGGUCAGUGCCAGUGACGUCAGGCCGCCAAAGUAGGACACCAGCAGUCGCGCAUCCACGUCAUGGCCUCCGUACGGCAGAGCAGCCUCCUGCCCAUCUCCCUGCCCCUCCCCCUGCCGCUGCCCCUGGUCCUGGUGCUAUCGCUGCACCUGUCCGGCGUCUGCGGCGUCAUGGAUCGCCUGGUGGUGCAGACGUCCUCCGGCCCCGUCCGCGGUCGCUCCGUAACGGUGCAGGGCCGCGAGGUCCACGUCUACACGGGCAUACCCUACGCCAAGCCUCCGCUCGAGGACCUGCGCUUCCGCAAGCCGGUUCCGGCGGAGCCCUGGCACGGCGUCCUCGACGCCACCCGGCUGUCCGCCACCUGCGUCCAAGAGCGUUACGAGUACUUCCCGGGCUUCUCCGGCGAGGAGAUCUGGAACCCCAAUACCAAUGUGUCCGAGGACUGCCUCUACAUAAACGUCUGGGCGCCGGCAAAGGCACGACUUCGCCAUGGACGGGGAGCCAAUGGAGCCGAGCACACGAAUGGCAAACAGGCCGACACGGACCACCUUAUCCAUAACGGCAAUCCACAGAACACGACCAACGGACUGCCGAUUCUGAUCUGGAUCUAUGGCGGCGGCUUCAUGACCGGAUCCGCCACUCUGGACAUCUACAACGCCGACAUCAUGGCCGCCGUGGGCAAUGUGAUAGUGGCCUCCUUCCAGUAUCGCGUCGGUGCCUUUGGAUUCCUGCACCUGGCCCCGGAAAUGCCGUCGGAGUUCGCGGAGGAGGCGCCCGGCAAUGUGGGCCUCUGGGAUCAGGCCCUGGCCAUUCGCUGGCUAAAGGACAACGCCCAUGCCUUUGGCGGAAAUCCGGAGUGGAUGACCCUGUUUGGGGAGUCGGCGGGAUCCAGUUCGGUGAACGCGCAGCUCAUGUCGCCGGUCACCAGGGGGCUGGUCAAGAGGGGCAUGAUGCAGUCGGGCACCAUGAACGCCCCCUGGAGUCACAUGACCUCCGAGAAGGCAGUGGAGAUUGGCAAGGCGCUGAUCAACGACUGUAACUGCAACGCCUCCAUGCUGAAGACCAAUCCCGCUCACGUGAUGAGCUGCAUGCGUUCGGUGGACGCGAAGACCAUAUCGGUGCAGCAGUGGAACUCCUACUCGGGCAUCCUCAGCUUCCCCUCGGCGCCCACCAUUGAUGGAGCCUUCCUGCCGGCGGAUCCCAUGACGCUGAUGAAGACGGCGGAUCUGAAGGACUACGACAUCCUGAUGGGAAAUGUCAGGGAUGAGGGCACUUACUUCUUGCUGUACGAUUUCAUCGAUUACUUCGAUAAGGACGAUGCCACGGCCCUGCCACGGGACAAAUAUCUGGAAAUUAUGAACAACAUUUUCGGCAAGGCAACGCAGGCGGAACGCGAGGCCAUCAUUUUCCAGUACACCAGCUGGGAGGGCAAUCCGGGAUAUCAGAACCAACAGCAAAUCGGACGCGCUGUGGGCGAUCACUUCUUCACCUGCCCCACCAACGAGUAUGCCCAGGCUCUGGCGGAGCGAGGAGCCUCCGUGCACUACUACUACUUUACACACCGCACAAGCACCUCGUUGUGGGGCGAAUGGAUGGGAGUGCUGCACGGCGAUGAGAUUGAGUACUUCUUUGGCCAGCCGCUGAACAACUCCCUGCAGUAUCGACCUGUGGAGCGUGAGCUGGGCAAGCGUAUGCUCAGUGCGGUCAUCGAGUUUGCCAAGACGGGAAAUCCCGCUCAGGAUGGCGAGGAGUGGCCCAACUUCUCCAAGGAGGAUCCCGUCUACUAUAUUUUCAGCACGGACGACAAGAUCGAAAAAUUGGCCCGAGGUCCUUUGGCGGCCCGUUGUUCGUUCUGGAACGAUUACUUGCCGAAGGUCAGGAGUUGGGCAGGAACAGGCUGCGAUGGUGAUUCGGGCAGUGCUUCCAUAGCCCCAAAGCUGCAGCUCCUGGGAAUCGCCGCUCUGAUCUACAUCUGCGCCGCAUUGCGAACCAAAGGGGUUUUCUAAAAGAAAACCACUUCCGGCAGUAACCACACAAACACACACACACACUGGAACUCACACACCAUCACAGCCACACCCACAAUCACACACACACACACUUAAAGUUAGAACACGUAUAUAAAUAAAAUUUAGCAAGCGGAAGGAAACCAAAUUUUUUGUAGGCGCAGACAUUUGUGUAGGAGCAGGAGAUUUGUUUACGGAAUUUAGUAGGAUCGGUUUGAGCAAGUCGAUGGCAAUUGCUGAACAUUUGUAAAUUGAACUUAGAGCUCUACGCACCCCUAGGCAGUCGGAUGGUCGGGAUGGACGGAGGGUCCUCCCGGCCAGACUUCAGACUCCAGAGACCACUGUAGCCACAUGCCACAUGCCACGCGCCAUAGGCCAGGCCCAAACCAAAUUGUUUUGUGUAGCACAAUGCUAAAUUGCUUAAUUUGAGAGAAAUUGGCCAAAAAAUGGACGGAAUUUUUGAUAAAUAUUAAUGAGAAUAGAAGAAAAACAAAAAUGCUUGUCUUGCCUUCGGGGGCAGCCAAAAAGAAACAAAGUUUACAGAUACGUUUACCGAACGGAGAAGUCAUAAAUGCUCAGAUGACAGACACUUUUUGCCACGCCCACAUUCUUGAGCGAUCUUUGAGCGCAUUUAAUGGCACAAUUUUAGCUUUCAGUUCGAAAAAGUCCUUGUUGCCUAACUAUAUUUGGCCAAAUUGCAUUGGUUUCAUGCUUAGGUUGAGGGUUCGUUUGAUUUCGAUUCACUUUCCCAAGGAAAACCAA